AUGUAUCUCAAAACAGCUGUGGACCACUUGGUGACGGAACUGGAAAUCUACCACGUAUGCCUGGUGCUUGCGCUCGACUUGCUCCGGCUGAACUUGUUCACCAAGAACUUCGGCUUGUGUUUGGGCAAGAUCCUUAGUUUGCUCAAGGUGCUCAGUGAUGCUGAAACUGAUGCUGAGGUGGAGAGCUUCAAGACGUUGCUUCUGGUGACUUUGCUUCUUACGCUCAAAGCGAAGGACGAUCCAGCCAUGGGUGCCAUCUUCUCCGAUCACAUCUCCGACAAGGAGUUUGUUAACACCAUGAGAUCCUUAGGUAUAGUGCAAGUGGUGGGCAACAUCAUCCACAAACACAUUGUCUCACUGCCCUCCUCCCACGCCGCUUAUGUGCUACUCAAGUUUAAUUGUGACAGCAUCUUUCAGUACCUUUACAAGGUGGUGCUUCUCACCGAUUCCGAGUUUGACUCAUUGACCCUCAGUCCGUUGAUCCCCACACUCAUUGCUGAUCUCACCUCCAACGACAACUUCAAUGAGUACGACGUCACGUACGACGAUUUUGAAGAUGAGGAUAAGCUUGUGGCUUACGAGGAGUUUAAGCUUCUUCUUUUGAUCAAUGAGCAGUACCUCAUGAAGAGCAUUUCGUGCACUCAGCUGAAAAAUAAGGUUUUUGACGGCUUGCUGGUCAACCGCCAAGGAACUAACAUUCUAUGUGGCUUCACUAACUUGCUAGUGUACCACCUCAACAGGGAAGAGUCCAGUAUCAUCAAGAUCUUGAUGCUCAAGUUCCUCUACCUUGUUUUCACAACGUCAUACACGGCUAAGAUCCCCUACCUCAAUGACGUCAAGAUCCUUCUAGACAUCAUACUUCGUGAGCUUAAUGAUCUUGACUAUCUGCCCGAGGAGCCAAAGGAGAACUGUAUUCUCGCCCUCACAUACUUGAAGGUAUUGAAUCCUUUGCUCGUCUUCUCUCAAUUGGCCGAGUUGUCUCCUCCUUACAAACCCAAUGAAAUCAUUGAGACCCUAAGAAACAUUGUCAUCAACUGCGACUCGUCCGCCUUUGAUGCACAAGACCCCUACCUGAACACCAAAGAUUUAGCAGCCAUCGUCAAGUCUGCUACGAAAUGCUUGAACAUUCCAUGGGUCAAGAAGUGUGCUGUGGGUACCAAAGUCAAUCUGCUGUUGGUAUCUAGCAGAAACACUAGCUCUGACAGUCUUAGCUCGGUUGCUUCUACAGUCUCGAAAAUCGGCAAUCUCAAGUUGGCAUCAGAUCAUAGUGCCUCUACAGAUUCCCUUUCAUUCACUCGUGUGGCCUCCGUCAGGGCCUCCAAUAGAGAUGACUAUAAUUUGCAUACGAAGUCACACAACGAUAAUCUUGCUGACUCGCCACUGGAUUCUGGUUCCAUGUUCUCCUCUAAUAAUGGAAAUGUCUUUCUACAAAAAAGCGCCAACGAGGAUCCAUUCGCUACAUUCGCUGCAGCUCACGCUGAGCAAUUGCUAGAUCUUCCAAAAGAAUAUUUAGGAGGAAAGCAUCUCCCUCCACUCCCCAGGGAGAAGUCGACAGAGAAACUUAACGCAAGGCAACAGAAGGCGAGGUUAAAGAAAGCACCACCGCCACCUCCACCUCCACCAAGAAGAAAAAGAUAA